AAAUUGACCCACUUGCUCCCACCUUUUCUAUGUGGGACAAAGUAAAAAGCACUCAUUUUGUUUUAACAAACAAAAUUCCAACAUCAUGGACAUCCGUACUCAUGCCGCUGGACAGUAAAAAAGAGUUAUAAAUUAGCUGCUUAGGGGAAGAGUCCAUAUAUGACCCCUCUUCAAGAGAAGAACUCUAGAGAAAGAGAGCGAAGAUAGCCAAUGGAGCCUUCAAGCAAACUCCACCGAGCGCACGUACUAGUCGUCCCCUACCCCGGCCAAGGCCACAUAAACCCCAUGCUCCAAUUCUCCAAGCGCCUGGUCUCCAAAGGCCUCAAAGCCACCCUCGUCCUCACCGUCCACAUCGCCAAAUCCAUGCACGCCGACCCCUCCUCGUCCAUCAACCUCGAGACCAUCUCCGACGGCCAUGACCUCGGCGGCCGCGCCUCGGCCAAAUCCAUGCAGGCCUACCUGACGUGCUUCCAGACCGUUGGGUCAAGGGGCCUGGCCGAGCUGAUCCAUAAGCUCGACUGCUCGGGCCGACCGGUCGACGCGAUCAUCUAUGACGGGUUCCUCCCGUGGGUGCUCGACGUGGCCAAGCAGUGCGAAAAGCUCGGAGUGGUUUUCUUCACGCAGACAUGUGCGGUCAACAACAUAUAUUACCAUGUGCAGCGCGGCUUGCUCCCGCUCCCGCUCUCGGGGGACAGUGUCAAGGUCCCGGGGCUGCCACCUCUGGAGCCGUCGGAGACGCCUUCGUUUGUAUGCAAGCUGGGGACGUACCCUGCCUUUUACGACAUGGUGAUCAACCAAUUCAUGAACGCGGAUGAAGCUGAUUUUGUGCUCUGUGACACCUUCUACGAGCUGGAGAAAGAGGUGGUUGACUGGAUGUCCACCAACUUGUGGCCGCUGAAGACCAUCGGCCCCACCCUCCCCUCCCUCUACCUGGACAAGCGCCUCCCCGAUGACGCCGCCUACGGCAUCAACCUCUUCACCCCGACCACCACCUCCACCGUCUUCACCUGGCUCCGCCACCACCCGCCCCAUUCCGUGGUCUACGUCUCCUUCGGCAGCUUCGCCGAACUUGACCCCUCCCAGUUCUCUGAGCUUGCCCACGGCCUUGCCCUUGCCGGCCACCCCUUCCUCUGGAUCGUUCGAUCAUCCGAGCAGCACAAGCUCCCUCGCGAUCUCAUGGACUCGAUCCCCUCCAAGGAAGCUCUCAUUCUCCCGUGGUGCGAUCAACUGGAAAUACUCACAAACGAUUCUAUCGGAUGCUUUGUCACCCACUGUGGGCUCAACUCAGUGAUCGAGGCGAUCUGCCUGGGGGUCCCGAUGGUGGCGAUGCCGCAGUGGACGGACCAGGGGACGAAUGCCAAGUUCGUGGAGGAUGUGUGGAGGGUCGGGGUUAGGGCUAGGGCCGAUGAGGCAGGGCUUGUCAGGAGGGAGGAGGUGGAGAGGCGCGUGAGGGAGGUAUUAGGAGGAGGGGAGAGAGGGGUGGAGAUGGCGGACAGCGCGAGGAGGUGGAUGGCGGCGGCAAAGGCGUCCAUCAGCGAAGGUGGUAGCUCUGAUCGGAACAUCGAUGACUUCGUGGCGAAGCUGGCGACUCGUUCGUCGGUAGAGUAGUAGACGAAUCACUAGAUAAAAUUUGAUUCAAGCAUUUCCGUUCAAAAGACUUCGACGUGGGUCAAAAUUGAAGUACGAGUUCUAUCCCUCUCUCAUGUAGUAGUUAUUGCA